CCUGGAGCCGGGGCGAGAUGGAGGAAGAUGCGACCCGAGGCCCUGAGUCCCCAGGCCCUGCGGAUCGAGUGGGAGCUGCGGCCUAAAGGUCGGGGCUUGCAGUUCCCUUCGCUGGCGGCGGAACCUCCGUGAUCUCGGAAGCCCCAGGCCUGCUUGCGCGAUGGAGGACAAGCGCAACAUCCAGAUCAUUGAGUGGGAGCACCUGGACAAGAAGAAGUUCUACGUAUUUGGGGUGGCCAUGACCAUGAUGAUCCGCGUCAGUGUCUACCCUUUCACCCUCAUCCGCACGCGCCUGCAGGUGCAGAAGGGCAAGAGCCUGUACCAUGGCACCUUUGACGCCUUCAUCAAGAUCCUGCGGGCGGAGGGCGUGAGCGGCCUGUACCGGGGCUUCCUGGUCAACACCUUCACGCUCAUCUCCGGCCAGUGCUAUGUCACCACGUACGAGCUCACGCGAAAGUUUGUGGCCGACUACAGCCAGAGCAACACGGUCAAGUCGCUGGUGGCCGGCGGCUCAGCCUCCCUGGUGGCCCAGAGCAUCACGGUGCCCAUCGACGUGGUCUCGCAGCACCUGAUGAUGCAGCGCAAGGGGGAGAAGAUGGGCCGCUUCCAGGUGCAGGGGACAGCAGAGGGCCAGGGGGUGCUGGCCUUCGGGCAGACCAAGGACAUCAUCAGGCAGAUCCUGCGGGCUGACGGGCUUCGUGGUUUCUAUCGAGGGUAUGUGGCUUCGCUGCUCACCUACAUCCCCAACAGUGCGGUAUGGUGGCCCUUCUACCACUUCUAUGCAGAGCAGCUCUCGCAUCUAUGCCCUAAGGAGUGUCCACACAUUGUCUUUCAAGCCAUCUCGGGGCCUCUGGCUGCAGCCACUGCGUCCAUCCUCACCAAUCCUAUGGACGUCAUUCGUACCCGAGUGCAGGUGGAGGGCAAGAACUCCAUCAUCUUGACCUUCAGGCAGCUGAUGGCCGAAGAGGGGCCAUGGGGCCUUAUGAAGGGCCUCUCUGCCAGAAUCAUCUCAGCCACACCCUCCACCAUUGUCAUCGUGGUGGGCUAUGAAAGCCUCAAGAAACUCAGCCUCCGCCCCGAGCUGGUAGACUCAAGGCACUGGUAACUGUGGGGAGAAGUCUGCUGGUUCCCACACUACACGGGUUGGGGCAGAUGGAGGAACACCUCUCUCCUCAUGUCCCCUUCCCAACUUCCACUCUCAGCCCUAUCCUGGGCUGGGUGGCCUGUCUGGGACAGUGACAGAGAUUUGAGACUGCUCUUGCUGAAGACGCCCCACACUGGAUCCCUGCCCCCACCAUUUUGAAUUUUCUUGCCAGACUCCUUCACUUAGUUCAGACUAAGGAGAUCAGAUCCACAUGAUUCUCUAGUCCCCUGUCCGGCUUGCUUCGUGGUUUCUGCCUCUGCCUGUGUCCUGAGAGCUGUACAUAGAGCUUGUCAAGUGUCCUGCUACUGCCUCCAGGGCUGGCUGCAGCCCCAUCCUGAGCUUGCAGUCUCACCUCUCCGACUGGCUUCACCUGGACCGAGGUGCCCACCCGACUCUGCCGAGUCAUGCCAUUGGGAACAGGUGGCAGGCGCUGUUGUUCAGGGGGGCAAGGGGUAGGAGCCGCACAAACCAACCAUUCUGCCCCCUUAUCCUCUUUCUAGAUUUUUAGCUUGGGGAGAAAAGUGGAUGCUCUAUUGUGUGUAUGUUUGUUUAUCACCUGUGAACCAGACUACUCGUCAUUUCCUGCUCCAUCCUCAGUCUUAUAGUCAGACGUG